CAAACAAAAAUCAAUGGAAGGUUCAAAUUCUACAGAAAAAUCAUCUUCAACAACUUUAAAUGCUUUAAUCGACCAAUUAAACAAACUAAAACAUUUUCGUAUACACACAGGAAAUAUUAAUACUUUUGUUGAUUUGAAGCUUAAAAGGUUUACAAAUUCUGCUGAGGAACUGAAGGAAACGUUUAAAUUGGUUUUGAAUAAUUUACCUUCAAAUAUUUCUGUUGGGGAUGAUGGAAUGCUUCUUUUAGUUGAUAAAAAACAUUGUGACAAUGUUUAUGAAAGAGAAGAUUUGAAAAUUACUUUAAAACUUUUUCUUGAGAAAUUUGAUUAUGAUUAUAUUAAAGAUGCUGUUGAGGCUGUAAUAAAACAACUCAAAACAGAUUCAAUCGAACAAUUAAUUCUAUCCUUUCCAGAAUCAGAAUCAAAUUCUCCCGAUUCAAUUGACGAUAAAUGGUUUAAUGAAGUUUUGCGUGUUUGGAAAGAAACAGAAAAUGGAUUGAUAGCACAACGGAAGGUUUUGUAUAUGGGGGUUGCCGAUUUUCAAUUACCUGAGCUUGAUCUUUUAUUUAAAAAAGCUGUCCAUAAACCAGGAAUUGUUCAUGUUUUUAUUGAUGGAUGUUGUGUGGUUAAUCCAGAGCUUCAAGCCUAUGCUAAACAAAAUUCAAUUCAACUUUUAACGCACAAUGAUCCAAAGCCUUUUCCAUUAAAAGAGGUCUUUCAUUGUUUUUGUGAGGACAAAUCUGAUCCCGAUUCAUCUCGAAUUUGUCAAACUUUAUUUGAGCCUGUCUGGGCAGCUAGAUAUACUGUUUGGGUACGGAGGCGUUCAUUAAUGGCUGCAAAGGGAUUCAUUGUUCAGUUUACUGCUUCAGAUGCUACCAAAUAAUACAAAAUAUUACUUUAAAUUUUAAAUUAGUGGAUGGUAUAAUACUUUUUAAUUAUUU